CAAACUAUCGGUAACUAUUGGCACUAGUUAUCAGUGGGAAUCCCUCUAAGAAGUCGGAAUACUUUUGUCUGCGUAGUAGCGGGAUAUACACGCACAAAUGCCUGUUCUUUCUCCGUCCUGAGACUCGGAGUUGACCGGCGGAGUAAAAGGUCUUAACCGUUAGGCAACGGUUUCCGCUCGUGCCGUGUUGUGAUAUAGCUAGCCGUUGCUGCUAGCGCGGCUAGCUAAAACUAUGGCUUGUGUUGCUGGUAAGAUAAUUAGCAAAGGCUGCUCUGCUCCGGCUACUAGUCUGUAGCAGACAGCUCGCCAUCUCUGUCGCUGAGCUUAGCUGUACUUGAAAAGCGUCGGAUAUCAAUGUAAGGAAGAUCAUCUGAUGGAAACAUGAUAUUCAUACCCAAUGGAUUACUCAUCAUGCCGUUUGAAUUUAUGGAGUGCGUUUCCUCUCAGGAUCAUUCCCACCUUUAAAUCAGACCUGGAAUACCUCAGAGACAUCAUGUGCUUACAUUUGGAGUCAUUCAGCAGUUUGUAAAUAUCACUCACUGCCGCUGGACCUCAACCUUUUUUUUCACGGGUUUCUGGUGGAACAUUAAGUAUGUGCCUAUCCAGGUUGGACAUGCUUGGAGACAUAUAAACACUAGCUUGAUUUUUAAUUUUUAUUUUUUUUUUAAAGAAAGUCCAGGGGCUGUAAAACCUCACAGAAACUAUCAGUUCCUAUAGAAUCAUGGCCUCAGUGUGGAAGAGACUGCAACGUGUGGGGAAGCAUGCCUCCAAAUUCCAGUUUGUGGCUUCAUAUCAGGAGCUGAUGGUAGAAUGCACAAAGAAAUGGCAACCAGAUAAAUUGGUGGUGGUUUGGACACGCAGAAGUCGUCGGAAAUCCUCUAAGUCCCAUAGCUGGCAGCCUGGCAUCAAAAACCCAUACAGAGGAGUUGUAGUGUGGCCUGUACCAGAGAACAUUGAGAUUACAGUCACUCUGUUUAAGGAUCCCCAUGCGGAAGAGUUUGAGGACAAGGAGUGGACAUUUGUCAUUGAAAAUGAGUCUCUGUCAGGACGGAGGAAGGCUUUAGCCACCAGCAGCAUAAACAUGAAGCAGUACGCCAGUCCCAUGCCCACUCAGACAGAUGUCAAACUCAAGUUCAAGCCCCUGUCAAAGAAGGUGGUGUCAGCCACACUGCAGUUCUCUCUCUCCUGCAUCUUCCUCCGGGAAGGAAAGGCCACUGAUGAGGACAUGCAGAGUCUCGCCAGCUUGAUGAGCAUGAAGCAGGCCGACAUCGGCAACCUGGAUGACUUCGAAGAGGAGAACGAGGAGGACGAGGAGAACAGGGUUAACCAAGAGGAAAAGGCCGCCAAGAUCACAGAAAUAGUAAACCAGUUGAAUGCCCUCAGCUGCUUACAUGGGGAUGAUGAUGAUGAUGGUAUUCCCAAGCGAGCACGCAAAGCAACAGCUAAGCCUGCUGCUUCCUCCCAAGAACUGAUCAACAAGCUGAACUUCCUGGAAGAUGAGGAUCAGGACUCCACUCCCACCAUGAUGAACAAUCCCUUCGAUGAGCCCGACGGUGACCUUCAUCCCUACCCCUUUAACCCAUUCGGUGAUCCGGAUGAGGAAGAGCUCCCUCCCCAGCCGGCUCUGAGGCAGCAGCUUGAUGAGGACUACUCCUACGACCACGACUCGUCAAACCCGUUCGGUGAGCCGGAUGGACUGGAGACCGGUUCUGCUCCCGGGAACCCGUUUGACGAGCCCGACCAGGACCCUGAGCUUCAGCCAGACCCAGAACCUCCCAGGACCAAGCAAAAGAAAGGAGUACGGCCUGUCGACAUGAGCAAGUACUUGUAUGCCGACACCUCUCACAACGACGAGGAUGAGCUUGACGAAUCCAACCCAUUUUAUGAGCCGAGGACAUCAAGCCCAGCGCGGCUUCCCUCCGGCAGCCCCUCUCCUGAUCUUGGCGGUAUCCAGAAGAGGAGGGGCCCUCCACCCCCGAGUACCAGCACAGGCCCAGGCCCCAGUUCACCCACCUCCAAGCCCAGCUCCGGCCCAGACGGGGAGAGAGCCCAGCCUUUGGGACCCAGCCCUCUGGCAGCGGUGAUGGGGAGAGAGCUGGCCUCCUCUUCCCCAAAGCCUAGCCCCGCCCCCAGUCCAGUUCUUGGAGGGAAACCCAAUGCCAGCCAGUCCCUGCUGGCCUGGUGUCGCGAGGUCACCAAGAACUACCGCGGAGUGAAGAUCACCAAUUUCACCACGUCCUGGAGGAACGGCCUGGCCUUCUGUGCCAUUCUACACCAUUUUAGACCUGACGUAAUAGACUACAAGGCUCUCAAUCCUCAGGAUAUUAAAGAAAACAACAAAAAGGCAUACGAUGGCUUUGCAAGUCUGGGGAUUUCUCGUCUCCUGGAGCCAUCCGACAUGGUGCUCCUUGCUAUUCCUGACAAGCUCACGGUGAUGACCUACCUGUACCAGAUAAGGGCCCAUUUUUCUGGCGAGGAGCUCAACGUGGUGCAGAUAGAGGCCAACAGCAGCCGCAGCACCUACAAAGUGGGCGACUUCGAGACGGACACCAACGCCUCCAUAGACCAGGACAAGUUCUACGCUGAACUGAACGACGUGCAACACCGCCAGGUCAACGUCGAGCCCCUUUCACCUACGGCUGGCGUUCCCGCUGAAUCCAACGGCGCCGAGGCCGCCGAAGGGGAGACAAUGGAGCAACAAGUUGGAGUAGACUCAACCGGCUCUCCAGCAGCAGGGUCCUUACAAUCGUCACCACCGGUCCCGUUGCCGCGCACAGCGUUGGCUGCAACGACUACAAACUCUGCCCGCGUGGCCCUGCCAGUGUCCGAGGAUAGAGGCGGUCUGCUCAAAGUCAACACUUUAGAUCUUUGCGAGUUACCGCAAAGAGCGGAGAGAGAGCUGGAGAAGGAAACACUACGUAAAGAGGAGGUGCUAGAGGAUAGAGGAGAGAGAAGUACCGAACCAUCGUCCCCUACAAGGAGAGGAAACUCUUUAUCACACUUCUCCUAUAACAGGGACGCGGACCUCAUUAAAAAGAAAAGGGCCAGUCUGCGUCACUCAGAUUCAGAGCCAGCUUCAAACACCAAAUCCUCCCCAACCAACCACACAGAUAUCCCCAUCAAACAGGAGCCGUCACCUGCAUCUGUAUCAAGUCCUCCAGCUGAGAAGAAAGUACUUUCUCGUCAAGAGGAGUUGAAAGAGAGAGCCAGGCUCCUGCUGGAACAGGCCCGCAGAGACGCCGCCAUGAAGGCUGGAAAUAAGAACGUCCCCAACUCAGCUGUCGCAGCACCAAACAGGACUUCAGGCAUCUCUGAUGAGCGCGACGCGGAGCGGCGGAGACAGCUAAGAGAAAGAGCCCGGCAACUUAUAGCCGAGGCCCGAUCCGGAGUCAAGAUAUCCGACAUGAGCUUGCUGGAUCCAGCUAACGUGGAGAGAAGCAAAGGCACCAAGGCAGCAGAAGAUGCUUUGGGCAGGUUGAGAAGCUUUGAGGAAGACGAUGUGGACGGUGAAAAGAGUGAGGAUGAGGAGCAGAGUAGGGAAGAGGAAGAACAGCUCCACUUUGGUGAUGGUGAUUCUGCUGAUGCUGCCUUGGCUGCUACUAACCAGCUUCCACAGGAGGCCCUUCCGACCACAUCCACCCUGCGGGGGCGCCUGGAGCUUACUAACCCCGCCUCUGAGCUAACCUCUCUGGGCACAAACAGCAAGCAUGUGGAUCUGAAACUGAAGAAGCUGACAGAGGCCAGUGGAAGAGGAGUCACUUCCCCUUCAUCUCCUUCCUCCACGUCGUCCUCAUCCUCCCCAACCGCCUCCUCAUCCUCACCGCUCAGCCCUGCAGGAUUGGAGAACAACGCUGAGGAGCUGCGGGCCGAGCGUCUACGCAGAGCCACGGAGAGGCUUCGGAGUCCCGUCGUCUUCAGCAAGGAUUCCGCUGUGAGGAAGACUCAACUGAAGUCCUUCAGUCAGUAUGUGGAGAAUAGACCGGAAGUGAAGCGACAGAAAUCCGUUCCUGAAGAUUUAAAGAAGGCUGACGAGGACAGAGAUUCACCAACAGAAUUUGACCUCCACAGACCAUUUGAAGAAGAGAAGGCGUUCAAAGACACCAGUCAGUAUGUGGUUGGGGAGCUGUCUGCGCUGGAGAGCGAGCAGAGGCACAUAGACGCCCGAGCAGCUCGCGUGGAGAAGAGGCUGCGCUAUCUCAUGGACACAGGAAACAACAAGGAGGAGGAAGAGGCCAUGAUGCAGGAGUGGUUCAUGCUGGUCAACAAGAAGAACGCCUUGAUCAGGAGACAGAACCAGCUCUCUCUGUUGGAGAAAGAGCACGAUCUGGAGAGACGGUUCGAGCUGCUCAACAGGGAGCUGAGAGCCAUGCUGGCCAUCGAGGACUGGCAGAAAACCGAAGCCCAGAAGAGACGAGAGCAGCUGCUGCUGGACGAACUGGUCAUACUGGUCAACAAACGGGACGCGCUAGUCCGGGACCUGGAUGCCCAGGAGAAAGAGGCCGAGGCGGAGGACGAGCACCUGGAGAGGACGCUGGAGCAGAACAAAGGCAAGAUGGCCAAGAAAGAGGAGAAGUGUGUCCUUCAGUGAUCAAACCAACAAAAUGUAGCCGAUUAAAGAAAUGUAUCAUCAUGAAUAUCCUCACUUUUCCUAUUGUUUCAUAGCAGCUCGUAGAAUUCUGACGAGGUUUUUAGUCCACUUUGACAAGCAGAGACUCAAACUUUGCACCAACUUUCUACCAAAUCACAGUUUCCACUUUUUUUUUUUUUCCAUUUGAACUCCCGGUUAUUUUUUUUUUUUUUAAACGGUACCGUUUUGUAAUAUAAAUAUGUUUUCAAGAUGCAGAGUGCAGACAUCAGAGGUACAGCACAACUGGGUUUGAUGAGAGGAAUAUUUCCCAUCAUCAUCUUCAAAAAAAAUUUUUAAGAAGAAAAGAAACAAGACGUGAUUUUUUUUUAGCUUACUUGACAUUUAGUUGCUUCACUUUAUACUUGUAAAAUAUCUUAACUGCAUUACUGUUUAUAAAUCUUGCAUAAAUCUUUCCUGUUUUAUUAUUAUUAUUAUUAUUAUUAUUAUUAUUAUUAUUAUUAUUAUUGUCUUGGCUUGAAACCAAAAGAAAUAGUUAAGAAAAAAAGGUCAUUGUAUAUUUCCUUCAUUUUUCUGCUUUCUGGAUCCUCCUUUGAAUCCCCUACAGCCUGAAACAGCAGAUAUGUUUAUUAUUUAUUGUUGCUUGUGAGCGAGUACUUUGUCACGUUUCAUGUCUUUUGUUUUCUUUUUUCUUUUUUUUUUUUGCUCAGCUAAUUGUGGUUCCUAUUUAUUGUUGGAAGAGAAGAGAAAAAAAUGUUGCUUCCAUUUGUAUCUCUUAGAGCUCCACAUGUCCUUUACCUGUGAACAUUUAUCUGAUUAUUUAUUCCAGUCAUAACCCAAGUCUCCAGUAAUAAAGUCCUUAUGAUUUCAUACUCCA